AUGGAAAACUGGAUCGGAGGCGAGACAGCUCGCGACAAUGCUAGAAACGUCGAAUACGCAAUCUCCCAAUUCCAGGAAAGAGCGGCACUUGAAGAAGAACGCAAGAAACAAAAGGUCGACUCCACUCGGAAAGACCUCAUGCACUACCUCCUUAACAAUGCGGACCCCAAAACAGGUAUGCGGCCCACAAUUGGUGAGCUUCAAGGUGACACUCUCAGCCUCAUCGGUGCCGGGGCUGAUACGAUUGCAACGACACUUUCUGCGAUCUUCUUCUAUCUUGCUCGGAAUCAAUCUGUGCUGCAAAAAUUAAAGGCGGAAAUCCGAUCGACUUUCACGAGCCUCGAAGACAUACAUUCGGGACCAAAGAUGGAUUCUUGCACUUACCUCAACGCAUGUAUCGAAGAAACGCUUCGUAUAGCCCCCGCCGUGGCUUCGCAACUACCGAGAGAAGUCAUGAAAGGCGGUAUUGUGAUUGAUGGAGAGUAUAUUCCCGAGGGCGUUGUCCUGGGAGUUCCUUCCUAUGUCGUGCACCAUGAUCGAAAUGCCUUCCCCGAGUCAUGGAGCUUCAGACCUGAAAGAUGGAUUGCAGGUUCCAACCUUAAUGAGGAUGGUGUUACCGUAACAAAAGAAGACAUCAGGACGGCACGCGAGGCCAUGUGUCCUUUUUCCAUGGGCAGUCGAUCUUGCGUAGGCAGAGUGUUUGCGUACAUGGAGAUGCGAAACGCCAUUGCCUCGGUGCUCUGGGUUUAUGAUUUCGAGGAGGUGGACGGGAAGGAAAGAAAGGGUGGUGGCGGAUCGGAUCUUGAGCUUGGUCGUGAAAGAGUUGAUGAGUUCCAGAUCUUUGACUGUUUUGGUGCAGAUCGAGAUGGACCCAUGUUGAAAUUUCGACCGCGAUCGUAG